UGAGGGAACGCCAGUUGUGAAGUUAUUAUGUGAAUUUUUGGAUUGUAGGAAGCAAUACGGCAGCCAAAUGAGCCAUUGAUCUCAUCUCAUCUCAUCUCAUCAGUCUUUAUGUAUUUUCAUCUUUCCUGCUGUAAGCAGUAAAGUCACAUAUUCCCACAAAUAGAUGCCAAAUUCCGAUAUAUAUAUAUAAUGGAUUGGAAACCAAAGGUGUACAGGAGACUUGAAAGAUUAUGGACUCUGUAGAGUUGCUUUCCUAAUUUCAAAAGGAAAACAAAAAGAGAGAAAGAAAGUAUCUCUCCGGACUCCUUUUCAUAGAAGCAUUGGGAAGUUCUUCUUUCUCCAUCUACCUGUACUUGUAUAUGAAUGAUAUCUCCUGCAAACAUAUAUAACAAUGCCCGCUUACGAGUGUGAUAUCUCCUGCAAACAUAUAACAAUGCCCACUUACCAGCCUAUCAAAGUAUAUGAAAAUUAUAAUUCCAUGAGCACCAACAUGGACGAUGAAGAUGUUGAAUUGGCUCUCCGUUCUCCAAAGGUUAGUGACGCGGCUAAUAAAGCCAUGGAAGAAAAGAAAUCUUUAAUCCUUUCUGACAAUUCCCAGCAGCAGCAGCGGCUUGUUUCUCUCGACGUUUUUCGAGGACUCACUGUUGCGCUAAUGAUACUUGUUGACUAUGCUGGUGGAAUUCUGCCUUCUAUUAACCAUACACCAUGGGAUGGUCUAACACUUGCCGAUUUGGUCAUGCCAUUUUUUCUCUUCAUUGUUGGUGUUUCGCUUGCACUUACAUACAAGAAACUGUCCAGCAAAGCUGUUGCAUCGAAAAAAGCCAUACUUCGGGCUCUCAAGCUCCUAAUGUUAGGCCUUCUUCUUCAAGGUGGCUUUUUGCAUGGCCUAAAUGAUUUGACUUACGGAGUAAAUGUUGAACAAAUGAGAUGGAUGGGUAUCUUGCAGAGAAUAGCAAUAGCAUAUUUAGUAGGAGCACUGUGUGAGAUUUGGCUCAAAGGUGAUCAUCAUGCUAGCACGGAUUUAUGUGUAUUGAGGAAAUAUCGAUUGCAGUGGGUUGUGGCUUCGGUGCUUAUUAGCAUAUACCUUUCCUUGACAUACGGCUUGUAUGUUCCGGACUGGGAGUAUCAGAUUCCAGUUGGAGGUUCUUCCUCUGCCCCAAAGACAUUUUCAGUAAAAUGUGGAGUAAGGGGAGACACAGGACCCGCUUGUAAUGCUGUUGGACUGAUUGAUCGUAUGGUAAUGGGAAUUCAACAUCUAUACAGAAAACCAAUCUAUGCGCGAACCAAGCCAUGCAGUAUCAAUUCCCCAGAUUAUGGCCCUCUACCUCCGAAUGCUCCUUCAUGGUGUCAAGCCCCCUUUGAUCCAGAAGGACUCUUGAGUUCAGUAAUGGCCAUAGUUACCUGCUUGGUUGGUUUGCACUACGGGCACAUUAUUAUCCAUUUUAAGGUAAUAAAUUUUUUGUGUUUCGUAUUGUUUGCUUAUCCUCAGAGUUUUUCUUUUAUGGAACUAAUUUGUUUACUCUACCACAUGCAGAGUCACAGGGAUAGGAUCCUCCAUUGGAUGCUCCCAUCUACUUGUCUUAUUGUCUUAGGCCUGGCCUUGGACCUCUUAGGAAUGCAUAUCAACAAAGCUCUUUACACAUUCAGUUACAUGUGUGUCACUGCCGGUGCUGCUGGCAUUCUAUUUGCUGGAAUCUACAUGCUGGUGGAUGUGUGUGAAUAUAGGCGCAUGACUUUGGUGUUGAAAUGGAUGGGGAUGCAUGCAUUGAUGAUAUACAUUAUUGCAGCCUGCAACAUCUUGCCUGUUGUCUUGCAGGGAUUUUAUUGGAAGCAGCCACAAAAUAAUAUUCUUAGGUUAAUUGGAAUUGGAAGAUGAAUGUAUAGCAGACUGGUGGAUUACAUUUUCACAGCUAACAACUCUAUUGCCUUGUCUCUUUGGAAAACCCUCACCUUAUUGUUCAGCAUUGAUGCUAUAUUGGGGUUGAACAUCCUUGCUUUAGGAGCUUCAGAAAUCUGGAACUCCAGUGAUCUUAAUUCAUUGUCAUAUUCAAGGAAUUUGCUUAUUGCCGUAUUGAAGAUACAGUAGAUAGUCUGCCCCAGUGGCCUUGUAUGCAAUUUAUUAUUCCAGUUAAAAACAAAAAACUAAUUAUUAUUGGCAAA